CGCAGGAAUCCCAUUUGAAAAAAAAAAACAACCAGGAAGUUAAACAGAGAAGGAAACGUAUUUGCUUUCGUGGAACAUUGAACUCUCUGUAAAGUGUGUAUAAAACCGUUUUUAUAGCGUUUGAAAUAAGUGCGUCGGCUUCACAUCCAGAGGACUCACCGGCUUCAGAUACUUGUUUCCUACACGAUGGACGUUGAUCCGGAGCGAGGAGGAGUGGCGGAAGUGCCGGAGCCAAAGGACAAGGUGCAGACCUUGAAGGAUCAGGUCGAUGGAGUCAAAAACAUCAUGACGCAAAACGUGGACCGAAUCCUGGCCCGAGGGGAGAGGCUGGAUGACCUCAUGGGCAAAUCAGAGGACCUGCAAGCAGGGGCUCAGCACUUUAAGCAGACGUCUCAGAAGGUGGCUCGCUCCUACUGGUGGAAGAACGUCAAGCUGAUCGUGUUGAUCGUCGUGGUCGUCCUCAUCAUCGUCCUCAUCAUCGUCCUGCUGGCUACCGGAGUCAUCCCCACCAGUUCCCCCUUGCCUCCUAUAGUCACUCCCACCUCCAAGCCAUAAACAAACACACUUAAUGUACAUAAAGACAUAUUUAAAUCGUAAACAAAGGCAUUCCAAUUGCACAUUAUACGAAACUUUUGCAAAUCACUGCUGUCUGGUGAAACCUUUAUCGCUUCUGAGUUAGUGUCCACUGAUAACUGUCAUGCUUCUAUUGGAAUUUAAGUAUUUCCUGCUUUGGUUUAAGGAACUUUAAUGACAUGAGAGCUUAUGAAACCUUUUCAAAACACAAUUCCAGCAAAUUAUGGUAAAUAAGAAAUCAACUUUGCUUUGUAAGCAAAAGUCUACAGAAAGUCUGAGGUCUUCACCUGACAGCAGCAGCAAAAUUUCUGUUCUCAAAGGACGGCUCACACCACCGCCGUCAGCUCUUUGCUUAACCACCAUUGGUUAAUUCAUUCUCGCAAAGAGGAAGUCAGCAAGUCCACUUUAAAGUGUGUCGAUGGAAAUAAUGAAUGUAGAUUCCUCUAGACUGUUACCAGACAUUAAGAUUGCCUUAAACCUUAUCACUAUCAUGCACCUUUUACAAAAGACAGUUUAAAGAAAUAAGUAGGGCUCUAAAAACUUUUUAGACAUCGGACAAAUGCACCAAACACAAACCUGUAACAAUUUUAGGUCACCGUAUAUUUAAUGAAAGUCUUAAUUGUGUGUUGCAUACGUAUGUUAACAUGUGGGGGCUUAUUCAUGUCAAAGUGCUUCCAAUUUCUUAGUAGUCAGACAAUCAAGAAGAAGUAAUCAUUCUAUAGAAGUCCUUUUCAUAUUUGUCAGAUAGCUUAUUAUUAUAAUUUACAUAUAGCAUUGCCUUAGCUGUUUCUAAAAUGUUGUAAUUAGCUCCUUCAUUUGUGUUGAGGGCUUGUGAUUGGAGAGAGGUUUGUAUUGGAUCAAUAGUACACCCUCAAAGGAAACUGUUAAAGUGAAAGUAGGAAACCAUGAGUGUAUCUUUUAAUGCACAUCAAUGUUUUUUGGCUAUGGAACCUAACUGAUGAAUUAUGUGGUUUUUUCGACUCAACAGAAAAGUUUAGUAUUUAGAUAUGAAGAUAACGUAGAAUUGUAGAUUUGUACAUUUGCACUGUGCAGUAUAAUUGGUCUCUUUAGCUGAUCAUGUUCUCUUCCUCUUACUCUAGAAACUUUGGUUUGUGAGCUCCUCAGCUCAGCUCUGACACAGUGUUCUUGUUUCACUCUGUCUUCACACUGAAGUGAAAGCAGCAGAGGUCAGGCACAGCUUUUUGGAGGUGUAAGAGCUCCACACUUUUAACACAGGGCUUUGAGUUAAUACACAAACUAGGGGGGGGAAACAGCUGUUAAAGGUCAAUUCCCACAAGCUUAGCGUUGGAGGAUCAGGCUCCCUCCAGUCUACUAGCUGAGAGAGAUCACUUACGACCCCUCCACGGCUCCCCCUGCUGGGCCCGUGUCAACAAAUAGGCCCUGGAGCAAAGAUCCUGUGUGUCUGUAACUGUAUCACCAUCGCUUUCCACCUCUCUCUGCUGUUCUAGUAACCAGUUUAGCUUCAAAGAGGUCAUUCCCAUUAUGAACUGUAUAUAAUGACACAUUCACAUCUAUAUGUAUAUUAGCACCAGCCUGUUCUUUAGAUGCUAUUGAUGUUAUUUAAUAUUAUUGGUGUUCUUCCUUUUCAGUUCAAUUGCUAUGUUAUCAAUCAGUUUAUACCAACAGGUGUGAAAAGUGGGAACAUAUUCUCUACGGUGUUUUUUUUUUUUUACAUGUUUCUGGGGUGCUGUAGUGCUGAUUUUGUUACCUUUUCACACGCUCAUACUGACCUGAUCCAUGCUGUGUGUGUGAGGCCACAAUCAUAUUUCUGUUCAUCAGAAGCUACAGCAGGUCUGUUACUGCGUUAGAGGUUUUUUUCCCCCACUGCCUUUAACUCGUCUCACGUUGAAUCCACAUGCUCAAAAAACCGAUGAAUCCUGGUCAGCCAGCCUGUGAUGUAGCUGUAAUGUUUGUUUAGUAGCCUUAACAAGGGUCUAAUUCUUAUGACUUAUGUAACAUUUUUAAUUGUCUGAUAUUAAAUAAAUAGUAUUUACUUCUAA